UGACCCCUCACCUCCCAACAUGGCGGCGCCUAGCGCCGGCGGGUCCCGUUGUCAUGUAAACGGCGCGCGGCGGGAGCCAGUCCGUUAUUAGGAUGUAUUUGGGUGCGGGGGUUUGACGUUGUUCUCUUUGUGUGAUUGUUUUUUUCGGGGGAGGGGGGGAGAGGGAGCGCAUCUUUUAAAAUCUCUGGGGCAGAGAGAGAGAGAGAGAGAGACGUGCGGCGCGGCGGAUGUGGGAGGCCGACGCCCGGGCUCCAGGCGAUGCUCGGUCUCUUGUCGGCUCGUCAGGGCGGCUUCAAUGAGCCGCUGACACUGAGACGAGCCGAGUCCACCAGGAGGGUUUUAAAUCUGGAGUUAAAUAAAGAUCGGGAUGUGCAGAGAAUCCAUGGAAGUGGCGUUAACACUAUUGAUAUCGACCCUAUUGAGGGAAAAUACAUGCUUUCUGGUGGGUCAGAUGGUGUCAUUGUAAUCUAUGACCUGGAGAACAUCAGUAGGAAGCCGCAGUAUACCUGUAAGGCAAUCUGUACAGUGGGCAGGUCUCAUCAGCACUCACACAAAUUCAGUGUGGAGACUGUUCAGUGGUACCCCUGUGACACUGGCAUGUUUACUUCAAGCUCAUUUGAUAAAACACUAAAAAUCUGGGAUACAAAUAGCCUUUUGCCUGCUGAAGUGUUCACGUUUGAAGGAACCGUCUACUGUCAUCAUAUGUCACCAAUUGCAACCAAGCAUUGUCUAAUAGCUGUUGGUACCAAGAAUCCCAAAGUGCAGCUUUGUGAUCUUAAGUCUGGAUCCUUCACCCACAUUUUACAGGGUCAUAAAGGUGAGGUGUUAUCAGUGAAAUGGUCACCACGUCAUGAACAUAUCUUAGUAACAGCAAGUGCUGACAGUAAAGUUAGAUUCUGGGACGUACGUCAAGCUGCGGGAAGUGUAAUUGUACUUGAUCAGCACAAUGGUGAAACUGCCAAGUCUUCUUCAGAGGCAGGAAAUACUGCCCAUUAUGGCCGUGUUAAUGGACUCUGCUUUACCAGUGAUGGGCUGCACCUUUUAACUAUUGGCACAGAUGAUCGCAUGAGACUCUGGAAUAGUUCCACAGGAGUCAAUACGCUGGUGAACUACGGAAAAGUGGGGAAUGAAAGCCGAAAGAGCCUCCAGUUUACAGUGUCCAGUGGCUGCAGCCCAGAUUUUGCCUUUGUUCCUGUGGGUAGUUGUAUAUCUGUUUAUGAUAUCUACUCAGGACAACUACUAACUGAACUCAGGGGCCAUUAUAACUCUGUAAACUGCUGCAUCUUCCAAUCUGAUUUCCAAGAACUCUAUAGUGGAGGCAGUGAUGUGAACAUUUUAUCAUGGGUCCCAGAUCUUGGUCGAAUUGUUGUUGAAGAAGAGGAGCCUGUAGGGUCUGGAGUGAGCACUUCUGUGAAUCGUGCUUUCCAGGAUGAAUGGAGCAGCAGUGAGGAGGAGAACUGACUUCCACGUUCCUCUGUCAGAGGAAACCCGUUUAAAAUAGAUGCCCAGAGCUCGAUAGACAUUCCCAGGAGCCUUAACUACAGCUUCAAGUGGUCUGGCUUCUCUAUUCAGCUCUACAUUAUCGCUGAGAUGAAGCAUCUGUGGUACUUUAAUUAAAAAUGUAAAAUAGCUAUAAAUUACUGAUUUUUUUUAGUCAAUAUUUAGUGUAAAAGAAUUAGUAUGUCACACUGGUUUAAUUGUUUGAUUUAACCCCUUUUUUUAAAAAAAGAAUCAUGAGUUCUUAAGUCAAGAAUAUUUAGAAACGUCAACUCGUAACAAAGACCAUAAUGUUUAAGAUUUAUAUUAAAAGGAUUGGGCCUGUUUUCCAUCUUAUUUAUGUGAAUUGAUAAUUAGUCUUACUCCUGACUACUCCAAUGAUUCCGUUGGUAAGUUCAUUGGUAGUGUGUAACUGUACAGAGAUGGCUGUUCUUAGGCUGUUUGGUGACUGGACUGCACAAUUGCCCUCAGUGGUCCUGGGUUAUAGAGGGACAAAUCAGACCAGGUUCCCAACCCUGAACACAGUUGUAUGACCCCUUUCUGGAAAGUUAGCUUUUGUGCACAGCUGGUGAAGGUUAUCUUGUUCAAUUUUAAUUAGCCCACAAUCAAAUAUCCUGCAAGUACUGACUGUCUGUGUCACCAAUGAAGAAAUUUGCUGGAAUGUGGCUGGAGCUCAUGAAACCAUACCACAGCAUGAGUUAAUACCUUCAGGAGAGAAAUGGAGAAACUUUGAGAGAGGGGAUUUAUUUUUUAAUGUAUCACUUUUUUUCAUAUCAUUUUUGUCUCAAUAAAGCAAUAUGUACACACAUCUACCUUGCAGUUUAAAUCACAGGAAUGUUUUUUCAUUUUACAGCUUUCAGUUCAAAUGGUGGAAAGGAUUUCAAUGCAUUAAAAGAUUUGUUUAUCAUGGAAUGCCCAAGUUAAGAAUAUCACACUCCAGACCAUUAUUUGACUUUCCUGACUAACUUGUUUCCUUCCAGCUUUAGUUCAGUUUACUGCUUUCUGUUGCAUUUUUUUUGUAGUUCUGCAAGCUUAUUAUUGUGUGUGCAUAUGCAAUUGCAUAAAAUGUUAUUGCACAAUAA